UGGCGCAUUUCAGUAGGGCCCCACACUCGGCGUACUCUGUCGCGCACACCCGUCCGCCGCGUAUGUCCUGUAACUACGCUGCUCCCUCGAACUCGUGUUUAUCGUCGUACUGACCACCCUCAACGAUCGCCGCCACAGAUUUCGUAGAAAAAAAAUUUUCCAUUCACAAUUUUUUUGUUUGAUUUGCCGCCGUCGUAUUAUCACCAUUGUCGUCGUUUGUCUUAAUUUUUUUCACACUCGUGUCAUAUUGUAUUAUGUUACAUUGUACUAAAAUAAUUAAAAAAUACAUCACGUAAUUAUAUAAUAUUUAAGUGUCUCGUCCGAAACCGUAGGUCCGGCUACGCCGCCGUCAACAGCCGGAUCGGUCCUCAGAUAUGUGGCCGAAAUUUGCAUUUCUCGGACUUGUGAUCAUCCGGUUAAUGGUGUCUGCGAAUCCGGAUGCAAAACGGCUGUACGACGAUCUUUUGUCGAGUUAUAACAAGCUUGUCAGACCAGUGGUGAACACCAGUGAUGUUCUCCGUGUGUCUAUAAAGCUAAAACUGUCGCAGCUCAUCGAUGUGAACUUGAAAAAUCAGAUUAUGACCACCAAUUUGUGGGUAGAGCAGGCUUGGAAUGAUUACAAAUUGCAAUGGGACCCGAAGGAGUAUGGCGGCGUGCAAAUGCUCCACGUGCCUUCCGAUCACAUUUGGCGGCCGGAUAUCGUGCUCUAUAACAACGCCGAUGGCAAUUUCGACGUGACGCUGGCCACCAAGGCGACCAUAUACCACGUAGGGCUGGUAGAAUGGAAACCGCCGGCCAUAUUCAAAUCGUCGUGCGAGAUCGACGUGGAAUUUUUCCCGUUCGACGAGCAGACGUGCGUGUUGAAAUUCGGUAGCUGGACGUACGACGGAUUCAAGGUAGACUUGAGACACAUGGACGAAAAGGUCGGUUCGAACAUUGUCGACGUCGGAGUGGAUCUCUCAGAGUUUUACAUGUCGGUCGAAUGGGAUAUACUGGAAGUACCUGCGGUCAGGAACGAAAAGAUCUACCCGUGUUGUGACGAACCAUACUUGGACAUAACGUUUAACAUCACCAUGAGAAGGAAAACGCUUUUCUACACGGUAAACAUCAUCAUACCAUGCAUGGGCAUCUCGUUCCUCACCGUUUUGACGUUCUACUUGCCAUCCGACAGCGGUGAAAAAGUGACGUUGUCUAUAUCAAUUUUGAUUAGUCUUCACGUUUUUUUCUUGCUGGUUGUCGAAAUUAUACCUCCGACGUCAUUAGUAGUUCCAUUACUGGGAAAAUAUUUGAUAUUCGCUAUGAUACUGGUUUCAAUAAGCAUAUGUGUUACAGUAGUCGUAUUGAACGUUCAUUUCCGAUCACCUCAGACGCACAAAAUGGCACCUUGGGUGAAAAGAGUGUUCAUCCAUAUACUGCCAAGACUUUUAGUCAUGCGGAGACCUCAGUACCAGUUUGAACCAAACAAAUUCAACGCCGGUUCGAUAAUGCUGAAGGGCAGAGACAUACACCCGUGUUUCUUCCAGGCCGGCUGCGGCUACGACAGCACAGAGCCCGGAAGAGAUAAAGGUCGUCGACAAACAGACGACAGCAGCGUGUCGAAAGGCACCAGAGAAACUUCCAAAGAAGACUUAUCCAGUGACGGCGAAGGGGGUAGCUGUCAGAUACACGGGGUAGCGCAGAGUCUGAUUUCCGACGAGAUAUCAGUCACCGAAAUGACAACUGACUGCAGCAAGAGCUCGAUCCUGCUCAGGAGCCCCGGAUUUCUACAUUCGUCCUGUCCUCCGGCCAUGCACAAGUCGUGUUUCUGCAUCCGAUUCAUCGCGGAACACACGAAAAUAACGGACGACGCGACCAAAGUGAAAGAAGAUUGGAAGUACGUCGCGAUGGUCUUGGACAGACUAUUCUUGUGGAUAUUCACACUGGCCGUGUUCGCUGGCACGGCGGGCAUCAUCCUACAAGCGCCCACGCUUUACGACGACCGGAUACCGAUAGACAAAAAAUUCAGCGAAUACCAAACGUCACCUAGCAUAAGGAAGAAACUGAAGAUAGGCCGUUAUUGAAAUAAACUCAUAAAGAAAACGAGUUUUUUAUGAAUGAAAAGAAAAAUCCGAUUGGAGGACGCCUUUUACUCGGAAAGAUAUACAUCGUACAGUCUGACGCAACGCGAGGGCACCUAAAAACAACGAAAAAAUCAAAUUCCAGCUCCGAUGACGUCAUUUUUGUAGUUGCAGUUUCAGUUGCAGCAGUUUUACACGAAUACAUGAUAAUAGUAAUAAUAAUAUUAAGUUAGCCAAAAAAUAACAAAAAAAGGAAAAAAAAAAAAAACGUUUUUGUACGUUUAAAUUUUGUUGUACAUUAAGUUUUGUUAUAAUACUGAUAACGAUUAUUUCAAUGAUGCCCAGUAACAGAGUAAUUUACUACGCAAUAAUAAUAAUGAUAAUUCACAGACACCGUAAUAUUGUAUUAUUAUUAUUAUUAUUAUUAUUAUUAUAUAUA